AUGCAGUCCAAGAUCUUCACCGCCGCGCUCGCCGCCUUCUCCUUCGCUUCAGUCCAGGGAGCUGUUCUUCCUCGCGCCACCAUCACACCUGGCACCAUUGUUACCCCUGGCGUCUCUUUCAACCCUGCUGAGCUUGGAGCCAACGAGCUGGCUUUCCGCACUCUCCAGGUUCUCACCGGCCAGAUUGCCCAGACCACCGCUCUCGCCAACAGCCUUGCCCUUCAAGCCACCGGCACUGCGACAGCUGCCGCUGAUCAAGUUCAGGCCGUUGUUUCUCAGCUGAGCGCCAACGCCGCUGCUAUCGCUGCCAACGUCGCCAGCAUUGUUGCUGCCGCUCCCACCGCGAUCCCGAGCGCCCCUGCUCCCACCGUUACUGCCCCUGCCACUCCCGAUGUUGGAGGCCAGGCUGAAGCUCUUGUCCGCCAGGCGCAGGCUCUUGCCAGAGCCCUGACUGCUCAGAUCGCCGCUCUCCAGGCUCAGGUCACCGCCAACGCUGGAACCGUCGCAGGAAUUGCCCAGAACGCGAUCCUCCUCCCUGCUUUGGCUCAGGCCCAGGCUGCCGCUGGUACCACUCUCGCCACCAUCGGAACCGCCAGCAACCUUGCUCUGACUACUGCUGCUACCCUGACCGCCAAUGCCCAGGCCAUCGUCGACCGCGUCCGCAACGCUCAGGUCAAGCUCAACCCCGUCCUCGUCAUCGGUGCCACCCCCGAUGUUCAGUUCUAA